ACCAACCAACCAUUCAUACUGGGAUAUAGACAGUCCUGUAUUCUACUUUAGUAAUAUAAACACAGUCUCAAAGCCAGGUGUGCUGACCAACCAUUCAUACUGGGAUAUAGACAGUCCUGUGUUCUGCUUGUAGGCAUGCAGGAUUUUAGCUGUUGUCAUAUUUUGUCAUUAGACAGUUUAAUUGAUAAUUCACCAGCAUUCCAUGUAACAUUGAAUAAAUACAUUAGAUUAGUUACUUUGGUUAAUGGGCCAGUUUCCCAGACACAGAUUAAGUCUAGUCCAGGACCUUAAAGAACUUUCUAUUGAAUCUUCCAUUGAGCACGCUUUUUAGUCCAGCACUAGACUCAAUCUGUGUCCAGGAAACAAGCCCCAUAUGUAUUACUGACAUGCUUGUCCUUGUUCAGGACUCCACACACUGGCUUCAAAUUGAACCCUUGACUUCCACUGUCCAGGGAGUGACAAUGUUCAGACACAGGACACCCAAAGGGAGUUAUGAGUGCACAGUGUCUGGGCUCCGCUGGCUGUGUGAGAGAGAUGUCAUUCUGAAGUAUCACUUCAGGAACUGGGAACCCUACAGUCAACUUCUGAACGACAUGCAGUACACACAAGGUGGUCCAAUGCUGGACAUCACUAUGGAGUUAGGUGAACUGGAGGAAGUUCAUCUGCCACACUGUGUCUGUUUAGGGACCAACCCUUCCCUGAGGAAUGAGAUGAAGAUUCUUCAUGUAGAGGAACAUGGAGUGUCUUUAGAGGAAGUGCAUGAGGUCACCAGAUUCCAUGCUAAGAUUCUCCAUCCCAAGUUCUCAGCUAUCUCUGUUAUACUGAGCUAUAUCCUUUCUUGGAACGUAGAUGUCCACUGUGAGCUGAUGCUCUAUCUGACAGUGAUGAAGGAAACACUAAUUCCACGCCUAUACCUGUUCCCCAGUAACCCCGGCCAAAUAAAGGCUGUGGAACAACAGGAAUCCAAGUUUCAAGGGUCUAAAAGGUUUCCCAACACAAGACCAGAGCAGUCCUUCAAACUGAAUAGUUACUUCAGACUGAACAUUCCCUGUUCUACCGCCAUCAAUCCACCGAGGAUUCAUCUCAUACAUAGAGACACCACACCAAGCUUUUUCAAGGCGGUUGUGAAAAUGACAGGGAUUGACAUUGAGAUGGAGUUAUUCAGUGAUGAUGAGAGGAUAGUAUGGACAGAAAUAGUAUCACGAGAUGAAUACUAUCAGAACCAAGCAUUAACAGUCCCUGGGAUUCCUGCUGAGGAGUUUCUGAAGAAACACAGGGCUAAACUCAUUCAGGGAGUCAAAAACCCAAUGCCAAUAGCAGAUGAUCUGUCAUCAAAGGGCAUGAUUGGUGAUGAAGAGUACUCCAGAAUAACAGCUGAAACAACUGAACAGGAGCGAAUGAGAGAACUACUGAAUGCAGUCCUCCCUAAAGGACCAGAAGUGAUGGGAGCUUGUCUCAAAGCUCUCAGUGAACAUGAACACCAUCUUGUUAAGUACUUGAGUGAAUCUAGCACCUAAUCUUAAAAUGCUGAGGCCUGUCUCCUAGUCUGUGGACAAAGACACUUCUCCACCUAAUCUGAAGAUGCUGAGGCCUGUCUCCUAGUCUGUGGACAAAGACACUUAAAUUAUUGUUAGGGAAAUUAUGUUUGCUUUUCUUUUAACAAAUGUCUGUAUUUUAUUCAUGUGCUGUUCUAUAAACCAAUUUGUGUGUUCA